UCGCGUCCUAGAUACCCAAGCAGGGGCCAGCCGCUCCGCGCCCCCAGUUGCUAUAACAGCAGUACACAACCCUCCACUCUUGCAGCUGUUCCAAAGCACUCCUUCGUUUUGGACCAAGAACCUCCCCAGAAUUGCUUCCAUUUGAGAAAACCAGUUCUCCGUCCCUUUGGGAAGGGGGAUUGGGUGGGAAGACAGACAACAGAGGGAAAUGGGACUAAGCAGGGAGGGAAAGUUAGAAUGGUCAGGGGUCUGGGAGGGCAUCUUGAAGGGAGGAGACUGUGUAUGGAAAGCAUGAAAUGGAGGCCGGGAGUCAGCAGGAGAUGUUUGCAAGGGAAAGCACAGCUGGGAGUCGGGUAGGGGGUGAUGGGCAGGUACUUGUCAAAGAGGUAAGGGAACUGGGGGUUGGUGGAAACCUAGACCUUCUUUCUCAGGACGAGGACUGCGCUUGACCUGACUCCAGAAUCUCCCGGCGAGGAGAAAGAUGUCAGACGAAGAAGAUCUGGAUGACUUGGAGCCAGAACAGGAUGAUCUGGAAAAAGAAGAUGAUAAAGAUACAGAGGAGUGGGAAGACUACAAGAAGGAGGGGGAAGACUUGUCUGAGGACUGGCUGCCCACGCCCCUGACGGAGGAGAUGGUGAAGGAAGGGCUGUCUAUGCUCUGUAAGACGGGGAAUGGACUGGCUCAUGCUUAUGUUAAACUGGAUCUUAAGGACAAAGACCUGACAGACAUCUCCUUGUUGUGCUCCUACAUCCAUCUGCGCUAUGUGGAUAUCUCUGAGAACCAUCUGACGGACCUGGCACCACUCAAUAACCUCACCCACCUGCUGUGGCUCAAGGCUGAUGGCAACCAGCUUCGGAGUGCCCAGCUGAAUGAACUGCCCUACUUGCAGAUCGCCAGUUUUGCCUACAACCAGAUCACUGACACUGAAGGCAUCUCUCAUCCUCGGCUAGCAAGCCUGGAUCUCAAAGGGAACCGCAUCCAGGUGGUGACCGGUUUGGACCCCGAGAAGUUGAAAAGCCUGCACACUCUGGAGCUCCGGGGGAACCAGUUGUAUACCACCAUGGGAAUCAACCUUCCUAAGCUGAAGAAGCUCUUUCUGGCCCAGAACAUGCUGAAGAAAGUGGAAGGCUUGGAAAGCCUAAGCGAUCUCACCACCUUACACCUGCGAGACAACCACAUUGAAACUCUGAGCGGCUUCACCAAGGAAAUGCAGUCACUGCAGUACCUCAACUUGAGGGGCAACUCUAUAACCAGCCUGAGGGAGCUGGCCAAGCUGCGGGAACUGCCCAAGCUGCGAGCUUUGGUGCUGCUGGAGAAUCCGUGCACAGAUGAGACUGACUACCGCCAGGAGGCCCUGGUGCAGAUGCCACACCUGGAGCGCCUGGACAAGGAGUUCUACGAGGAAGAGGAAAGGGCUGAGGCUGAUGAGAUCCGUCAGAGGAUGAAAGAGGAGCAGGAGCAGGAGCCCCAGCCUGAGCAUGACCUGGAACCGGACCAGCCAUCCACCUAGCAGCAGUGCUGGUCUCCAAGCACAGAAAGCAACGACUGGGGCCUGGCCCAAAGACCUAUGAGACUGCGGGAUGGGGAGCGGGACCCUGUAUUCAUACUCAGAUAUCACAGGGGACAAACCGGGAAAAGAGGAGACAGGAUGCCUCCCUUGCGCCAGAGCUGAAGAUGUCUGGGCUCUGCGAUGGGCACCUGGCCAGGGUGUUCGACUGGAGCCUGCUGGGGUCUUAGGGAUGGGUUUUCCAAUAAAGGGACAUCUUGGUACCCUGG